AUGUUUUACCAACCUGGAAUCACAGAACAUAAUCUUCCCCACGACCCUUUCAAGCACAUGCAGGCGUGCGUGGUCCCCCGCCCGAUCGGAUGGAUAUCCACCCAGAACAAUGCCGGCCAAGCCAACCUAGCCCCUUACUCGCAAUUCAAUAACUUGACUUUCGACCCACCGUACGUGAUGUUUUCAUCCAACCAAACGGUGACGGGUGAACGUAAGGACACGGUUGUCAACGCCGAAGCAACGGGCAAGUUCGUGUGGAACCUGGCAACAUGGGAGCUACGCGAAGCAGUGAACAUUUCCGCCGAACAAGUUCCGUACGGCGUAGACGAGUUUACCCGCGCCAAGGUCACCAAAGAACCAGCGACAUUGAUGAACGUUCCAAUGGUCGCGGAAUCACCUGUGAAAUUUGAGUGCGAGUAUUUCACCACGCUGCGACUACCCGGUAAUCCACCAAUGGGAACAGUGGAUGUAGUGAUCGGGCGAGUGAUCGCCGUUCAUAUCAAAGAUGAGGUGUUGACAGAUGGGAAACUGGAUAUCCGCAAGACACAGCCGAUUGCGCGGUGUGGAUAUUAUGAGUACACUGUUGUGAAGGAGACAUUCGAUAUGGUUAUCCCAGGGAUGUCGGAGGACGUCCUGUAUGGAUUGGAGGGAAGUGCGAAACGCAAUCGGGAAGUGCAAUCACGGGACGACAACAAAGGUGGCCAAUAA